UGUGGAAGGCAUAGUGGAGGAUGUCAAACAACAGAAGGGAGACAUCAACGUCCUCAGUACCCAGGUCACCAAGACUUCACAGAAAGUCGACGUGGUGGAUAAAAAAGUGGACAAGCAGGGAAAGGAAAUCAAAACGGUCAAAACUGGACUUAAAACUGUCAAUAAGCGUGUGGAUGAUGUAGAAAAAGAUUUGGAUGAAACAAAGAUCAAAGUUGAGGAGGUUGACAACAAGACGAUGACCAAUGCCCCUAAAUGGUCAAGAGAUUUGACCAAGCUGAUGAAUCCUACCACAGAACAUGACUGGAGACUUCUGGCCCAGAGGUUAGCGUACACCCCAGAUGACAUUAAAGGCUGGGCGACCCAACAUGACCCCUGUAUGGGCCUCCUCAGUGAGUGGUACGCCACCCACAAGACGAUAGAGGCCACCCACGCUGUACUUACUGCCCUACAGGAGAUGAACAGGAUGGAUGCUGCCGCCAUUGUAGAGAAUGCCAUGAAGGCUGUAGAGGGGGUUGUUGAAGAAGAGGUAGAUUAUGCCACACCUCCGCCUAUCUUCCUAAGUUACCAGUGGGGUCAUCAGAAUGAGGUCAAGUUGUUACGGAACCACUUACAAAUGGCUGGAUACGAGUGCUGGAUGGACAUUGGACAAAUGGGAGGUGGAGACAAACUGUUUGAGAAAAUUGACAAUGGAAUCCGUGGGGCAAAAAUCAUCAUAUGUUGUGUGUCGGAAAAAUAUUCCAAAUCUCCCAACUGUAACAGAGAGGUGAACCUAUCCACAAGCCUGGGAAAGCCCAUGAUUCCCCUCCUGAUGGAGAAGAUGAGCUGGCCCCCUAAGGGCUCCAUGGGACCGAUCUUCAGUGAGUACCUGUUUGUGAGGUUCUUCCAGCGCGGUGGGGAGGAGACUGAUGACCAACGGUACUGGCCAGUUCCCAAGUUCCAAGAAUUGUUGAUGCAGCUCAACAUGUAUAAAGCCAUGCCCGACGAAUCUCUUAUCACUAAAGAGUACAAGGAUUGGUGGACUCCUGUGGCAGAGGAAAUCGUCAUUACCAAAAAGAAAGGAGAUGGAGGUCAAAGUUCAUCAGGAAAUAAAGAAUCUACACAGGAAGAAGAAACAUCUCCAGACGUGUUCCUAUCGUACCAGUGGGGCAAACAGAAGGAGAUUAAACAGCUGUACAGGAGGCUGAACGAACUUGGCUACAGCUGCUGGAUGGAUAUUUACCAGAUGGGAGGAGGGGACUCGCUCUAUGACAAGAUUGACAGGGGCGUUCGUGGCUGUAAAGUCAUCCUGAGUUGUGUAACCACCAAGUAUUCCCUAUCAGCCAACUGUCGGAGGGAGGUGAGUCUGGCAGAUUCUCUCAAGAAGCCGAUGAUUCCCCUACUGCUGGAGAAGAUCGACUGGCCCCCUGCUGGACCAAUGAGUAUGGUCUUCACACAGCUUCUGUUUAUCAAUUUCUACCGUGAUGAAAACAUCCAGAUGUCCUGGGACGGCAGCAAAUUUGAUGAACUCCAUGGUAAAAUCAAUGAAUAUAUCCUGCCCAUAUCAAAUGGGGAUCAACAAACAGCCGUCAAAGGUCCUGACAAAACACCAACAAAAUCAGAAAACGUCGGACAGAAAACAGAGGAUAAAAGCUCUCCACCAAAAUCAACACCCAAAUCAGAAUCAGAAGACAACAGUCAAAAGGCAACAUUAGCUGACACUAAAAAGAAGGAAGAAGGGACAAACAAGACAACAAAAGAAGAAACAAAACCAGCAGAUAAACAAAAUAAAAAGUCUUCAUCUUGUGUACUACUAUAAUACUUAACAUCUCUACUGAACCACAUGUGUAUUACUCUUGGCACCAAGUAUUUUAGGUACCAUAUUUAUCUUGUAACAACCCCAGGGGGCCAGCUCAUUGACUUAAAGUAUAGAGAGGGACUUAAUGCAAGACAAUUGUUUGAAGCAUUUGAUAGCAUUUUACUGAACUGUGAUAGAUAUUGUUAUUACCAGAUAUGGGAUUUUGUUGGGUAAAUGGACACGUGUUUAAUUAGGCUCAAAGGUGAAAGAGACUACCUCACUUAGUGUAUAAUUCAUAUUUCAUAGAUAUUCAUUGUUAAACGUGAUCCCUACACGCAUAUUUAUUUAGUGAUGAAAGUGUUAAGAUGAUAAAUCAUUGUUAAACUUGAUCCGUCCAUGCAUAUUCAAUUAGUGAUGAAAGUGUUAUUAUGAAUUGUUGAUAAACUUGAUCCGUCCAUGCAUAUUCAAUUAGUGUUGAAAGUGUUAUUAUGAAUAAAACUUGAUCCGUCCACGCAUAUUCAAUAAGUGAUGAAAUUGUUAUUGAUAAUGGCAUAAUGUAACAAUGAAAUAGCAUAAAAAUCCUAUUAACAAGUGAUACCGACUAUUAUCCAAAUUACAUGUAGAUAGCAAAUUUCUAUAUUUUCAAUAGUGUUUACAUGUAUAAUAAUAUGAUUAGUACUCAGUCCAAUGUGUAUUGUUUACAGUUUAUGUGUGUCCAUGUCUUUGAAGUAGACAAAGGGGUUGAUUAAUUUGAAAAUUUCAAGAACAAUAUUGUCAGCAAUUUUAUGACUAUCUAUUUGGGUUUUUUUUGUUUAUGAAUUCAAGUAAUUUGUAUUCAUUCAACAUAUCUACGGUAAUAUUUCUUUUUCUCAAUUAGAUCAUACUUUUGUUAUACAUAAGAUGCCAUUAAUUUAAUGUUUUUAAGUAUGUAUUUGUUCCCCAAACUGACCUGUUUGAUCAACAAGGUUACUGUUGUCUACCUAUUUAGCAUUGUGUAUGAUUAAAAAUGACUUUGAAAAUUUAUUAAUAACCAAAAAAAAAUCAGAAAAGUGCCUUCAAAAACCGUUUUUACAAUUCAGUUUGUUGAUGUAGAAAAGGGAAAAAAUAUCCAGGAUUGAGGUCACUUAAUAUUAUAUCAAAUGAGGAUAGGUAUACAUUUAUGUACAAGUAAUGAAUUUUAUUGUUACAGAGAUAUAUUCUGUAGCAUCUAGAUUUUGCUUCUUUCCUUAUUGAAAUGAAGUACAUAUAAUUUUAUUUUUUUAAUUUACUAUUGUUUUUUGAUAACUUUACACCUUAUGCUAAUAUAUUUGAUUAACAUGAUUGUAUUUGAGCCAUGAAAUAUUUUAAAAGACAAUGUUUAUUUUUUAGUCUGUUACAGACUCUAGUACUUUUUGUACUGUUGAUUGACAAUUAGCAAUGCACUUUGCUUUUACAAGAGUUGUUUCCCUUAUCUUUUUUGUUUAUGUGACUCUAGUACUGUUUGUUCUCUUGUUGGCAAUUUGCUUUUUACGAGAGUUGUUUCCCUUUAUUUCUGUGUUCACUGCAGAGUUUACUGCUGUAAGUGAUAUUCAGCAUGUGUUGGAAAAUUCUUGGCUUCUCUGUAUCUAUUAAAAAUCUCUCUAAUAUGAUUUUUAAAACUAUCUUAUUUUCUGCAUCAAAAAUCCUUCCUGAAGUCAGUUUAGACAAGCCAGUUAGGUGAGAAUAUCUUUGGUAAAUAUAGAAGUAGACUUAAUUAAGCAUAUUGGUGAAUCUGUAACACUGAACGGUCACUGGAUCAGAAUAUGUGUGAAGCAUUGAGUAAAUACACAAUUGUAUGUAAAUACACUGUUCAUUUAUGUUAUCUGUUAGGUUGGUCAUUCUAUUGCUUCUUUAAACUGAUUUCUUGUCAGUUUGUAAGUCAAUGUACACAUACAGAAACAUCUAUGAAGAAUUUCUACAAAUCAAAUAUUGUAUGUUUUUGCAUAUAUCUGUUUAUGUUGUGAAUUGUGCCAGGGAUGGGUAUGUCCGUGCUUGUGAGCAUUAUCUCUUCAAUAUUUUCAGAAGCAUUUAAGUGAAUUCACAAGUUAGAUUAUAAUUAACAUGUGCACAUGCAUUCACUGAAACCUGGAAUAUUAAUUUGUGUUUGUACAUCUGUCCAUCUAUUACACUUAGUUUCCAUGCAUUUCCUGCAAGAAAUGUUAACCAAUUUUCUUCAAACUCAAUUUAUUAGGUUGGACGGCUGAAGGACUUUACCAAGUUUGAUCGCCACAUUUGCCAGACUUUAUUUGACAAAGUUAUAGCCCCUUAAUUAACAAAAAAUGUGUUUUCUGCCAUUUCCAUGCAAAAGCUUCUACAAAUACUAUCGGAUUAUUAUCAAACUUAGUAACAGAGUUAAAAAUGUUUUAAUAUAACAUGUCAGGAAAACAGGGGGUAUAAAUUCCACGAAUUGCUUGUUACGAUUGGAAUGUGCUCUGAUGUACUGAAAACUUAAAAUGGUGCAAUAUGGUCAAAGGUACUGUACAAUGUACAUGUAUGUGCAUUUGACAAGACAGUACAGUUUGUUAAAUCUACAACUGAAAGACCAACCUUCAUUUUUGGAAUGUUUUUCUUCAAUUUUUAGCUUUAUUGUGUUAUUGUUUUGGCCAGAACCAGAUAAAUUUUUUUUGUUGGAAAAGUUAUCUGAAUUCACUGAGACAACAAAUUAUGACACAGAAUUUGUUAUGUACUAAGCCUAUAAACAGAUACAUGUAUGUUAUAUACACAAUAUUAAAUAAUAUACUGUACCACUGAUACAUAUGAACUCUUACGUACGAGUGUGGUGUACAUAUUUGUUUUCAUGUAGAAAUUAUACAUGUCAGUGCUUUAUUAUUUCUUUUAAUUCAUGCAUUUUCUUUUUUUUUUAAUUUUCAAGCAUUAAGUCCCGAACUCUGUGAUAUUUAUAUUUAUUAGUAGGUUAUUUAUAAACAUCAUCCAUGUAUAUUUUUUUUUAAAUCCUUAUCAUUACAUUUUUACAUGUUUUGAGGUAAAUACCGGUAAAUCUUUCUUUUUAUGAUUUAUCUUUUUAAAAUAUUAAUGCUGAAAAAAAAUCACAUGAAAAUGAAUCGUUAAUAAAAAUAAUAUCUGUCCAGAGACCACUGAAAAUGUAAUAAACAUUCUAUUGGCAAAUGUAAUUUUGUUAUUAUUUACAAUCAUGUACAUUUAUGCCAAACCUGUUGUGUCUAGAGUAAAUAAGUUUGAGUAAGAAAAUAAGUAUUAUUGUUUGUAUAUCAAACUGAGUGGAAUCAUUACAGAUAUAAGAAAUUUUACAAGUCAGCUUACAAGGAUUUUAAAAAAGAAUUAUCUCCCUUAUAAAAAAUCCUUAAAGCAUGUACUUAUUUUAGAAUUAUCUCCCUUUAAAACAUUUACAUGUAUAACAUUAAGGUCCUGAUUGCAUGCAAAGAAAGUAUACUCUUGUGAAGAAAUGAACUUGAAGAUAUAUAAUGUGCCAUUAAUUUUUCACUUAAUUAAAUGUUACUUCCAAAGGAGUGUAAUAGCUCUAUAUCAAAAUGAAGGACGUAUAUAAUGUUCAUGGUCUUGUAAAGGGAAGUAACUCUAGUCAUAAGAACUUUUUUUAUCAAUAUAAAGGAGAAAAUGCUUUGAAAUUUAAAAAAAAACAACUCUAUUUUGAAAAUGUUUGUGCUAACAAACUAUAGGUGCUCAAAAAUGCUGUAUGCAAUGUACAUUAAUAUGUUUGAUAAGGUACAUUUUGUGUUCAAUGAUCAUCAUCUUCAGAUACUAGCAUACGGUACUUUGUAUAGAAAUGAAUACAUCAAAAGAGAAGACACAUGCGUACACAUUCAUCAAAUUUGCCUCAGAGUAUCAUUUUAAAUCUUUGUGUUUUUGAGUGAAUGAUAAUGAUAAUUAUGGAUAUUAUAAAUGUUAAUUGUGUAACUUUGAAAACUAAUUAAGCAAAAUCACAUUAGAGUAUUUCUUGAUGUAUAACUCCUACAAGACAUUUGGUUGAUAUGCUCCUUUAAUAUCUUAGAGCUUAUCCUUUGUAUAACAAGUACCAAUAAUUCAAUAUGGAUUAUUCAAACAACGUUAGAUAUACAGAUAGCUGUAGAAUGAAAUCUUAUGUAAUAAGAAAUAUUACUGAUCUAUGUUAAUUACAUGUAGUAAGUUUGAUUUAGAUAGAAUGUCUGUAGAUUUAAGUCAUAUGUUAGAAACAAUGUUUUUGCAGGUAAAGAUGUUUAGACUUGUUUGUGUGCGUUUUUGUUUUGAAACAUAAAAUGCAAUAAUUUGACAAAAUUAUCUAAUAAAGUAAAGAUAGAUUGUGAAAAUGUUCUAUCCUGUAUUAACAUGUUUCAAAUAAAGCAAAUUUCUUAUUUGA